CUUGCCACGCAAAUCUGCAGCCUUCUUUGCCUUAUUCACUUCCUUUCCUUCUCAUCUCUUUACUUCUUGAAAAGCUUGUCUUUGCUUUGAAAUCUCCAAAGAUACAUCCUCAGCACUGGUCUUUGUCCAUUCUUUACUUGCUUCUUGUUCGUUUUUACAUCUUCCUGCGUUUUGUGUGAACUAUGGACAGUGAGUGCAAAACCCAUCUUCCCAAGGUUUUCAUCUCUUCAUAUCUUGAACACCAUCAACUUCCUUCUGCUAUCACCUCAAACCAAAACCCUUCCUUCUCCAAAAACAUGAAGAAGACGACCAUCACUGCAGAAGAAGAGAUUGGAGUGUUCAGAGCUGAAAGGUACUAUGGCAUGAAACUGGAAGAUGACAGCACAAGAGUUGUUGAGAAUUGUGGUAGCAACCAGGCAAAGAAGAAAGAACAACGACCUGAUGUGCAGUCCAGGAGACAAAAGAGCAGACCAGGAGCUCCAAGUGUGUCUUCUGAAUCAAGUUGGAACAGCCAAGCUACCUUUUCAUCUCAGAACACCCAAAAUAAGACAAAAGGAAGAAGCCUGCUGGUCAACCUUACCUGCAACAGGUCCUGUUCUGAUAAAAAAUCUAUUCUUGUCCAUAGGAAUAUGUAUGACCAAAGAGGAUUGCAAGGCAGUGAUGUCAGAAAAGAAGCUUCCAGGAACGAACAAAUUCCUGUCAUCGUGGAUGCCAGAAUCAAGUUUCAAACAGUGAAUUUUGUAAAACAAAAACCAAAAAGUUCAAUUUCAGGUGGGUCAACUAGAGAAGAAGAGAUUAUAUUUCCAGUUUCAAGCUCUCAGUUGCAAAACUUUUCAAAGAUCAAGGAUGAAGAUCCUAGAAAAUCCAUUGAAGUAUUCGGCUCAAACAAGUUGGAUAAGGAAGACUUAGUGGCUAAGAAUCUAGAGAGGAAGCUGUCUGUUCUAAAAUGGGAUGCCAUUCCAAAAGCUAAGGCCACUCAAACUGCUCCAAGAACCGAUCCAAUGAUUGAAGAUAUAGGGAGCGAUGCAAGUUCCGAUCUGUUCGAGAUCGAAAACUUAUCUGGAAGCAAUGGAAAGCCAUUCACAAGACAGACUUCAGAUGUUAUACCAAGCUCCAUGACAGCUUAUGAGCCAAGUGAAGGCAGCAUUGAGUGGAGUGCAGUCACUGCCAGUGCAGCUGAUUUCUCAUCUGUUGCAGACUAUGAUGAAAAGAAAGUCACAGCCAGGACUAAAGCCACGGUAUUGGACAAGGAUUUGCACAAAAGUCACCCUACUGGACUGUUAGGCUGCAAAAGUCACAAGUCAGUCAGCAUAGCUGAACCUGCAUACAGAAAUAUCGAUAAGUUGAAUUCUGAUUCUAGACGUUUCCCAAGAUUGGACUCAACCAUGAUGGCUAGUAACGCGACAGGCUGAGCUGAGAUCAUAGUGGAACAUUAUGAUUCUCCUAUCAAAUUAUGUCUCUGCUUACACAAAACUGUCACUAUCUCAUUGUUAAACACCACUACUCUUUUCUGAAUGUGCAGAGGAGUUCUACUUUACACCCUUGUAGUUUAUGCAUAAUGGAUAAGCACAUGAUCUAGCCUUUGAAAAUGAGACAAUCUUGAUUUGCAAAGUCAGUAAGGUCAAAGAGGAACAUUUACCUGGCAACAAAAGUCACCCUACUUGUAUUUUUGUUUAUGAUUCAUUGACUCACAGC